GAGGCGGCGGGCGCGGGGCGCGGCAGAGCUCGCCGGCUCGGCGGGCAGCGCGGCGGCGGGGCGCGGCGCGCGGCGCCCGGCGGGGCGUCCCCAGGCGGCGACCCCGCGGGACCCUCCCCUCGGCCGCCGCCUCCGCAGCCGGCACGCCGCGGCAUGACUCCCGCGGGCGGCGCGUAGGGCUGCGAGCGCUGCCUGGGGAGGACCCGGCGCCUCCCGUCCAUCCGCCGCAGCGCCAGCGCCGGCAGCGGGGCCCGAGGCCGGGCACACGGGACCAUGAAAGGAUGGCUCCAGCCAUGCUACAACAAGAAGCAAACAUGCCUAAGAAGUUCAAGGUUCGUUUGCACUUUCCCACUCACACCAACCCCACCCCAAGUGAGGUCGGCUGGUGGUGACGGGGAUGCGUUAUGUGUUACCGAAGAGGAACUGGCCGGUGAAGACGAGGACAUGCCGUCCUUCCCAUGCACCCAAGAGGGUCGCCCGGGACCCCGCUGCAGCCGCUGCCAGAAGAACCUGUCUUUACACACGUCAGUGCGGAUUCUGUAUCUCUUCCUGGCUCUGCUCCUGGUGGCUGUAGCUGUGUUGGCCUCUCUGGUUUUUAGGAAAGUGGAUUCUCUCUCAGAAGACAUCUCUUUGGUCCAGUCCAUUUAUGACAAGAAGCUUGUGUCAAUGCAGGAAAACCUCCAAGGACUGGACCCGAAAGCCUUGAACAACUGCUCUUUCUGCCACGAGGCUGGGCAGCUGGGGCAAGAGAUCAGGAAACUUCAGGAAGAGCUGGAGGGGCUUCAGAAGAUGCUUCUGGCCCAGGAAGUCCAGCUGGAUCAGACCUCUCAGGCCCAUGAACUGCUCUCCACCACCAGCAAUCAAAUCUCUCAGGAGAUGGGCGGUUGCUCCUUCUCUGUCCACCAGGUCAACCAGUCCCUGGGGCUCUUCCUGGCACAGGUGAGGGGUUGGCAGGCCACCACCACUGGCCUGGAUCUCUCCCUGAAGGACCUCACCCAGGAGUGCUACGACGUCAAGGCUGCUGUGCACCAGAUGAACUUCACUGUGGGGCAGACUGCCGAGUGGAUCCACAGGAUCCAGAGGAAGACAGAUGAGGAGACCCUCACCCUCCAGAAGAUCGUCACUGACUGGCAGAACUACACCCGGCUCUUCGGUGGCCUGCGCACCACCUCUGCCAAGACCGGGGAAGCGGUCAAGAACAUUCAGACCACCCUGGGGGUCUCCUUGCAGCGCAUCAGCCAGAAUUCCGAGAGCAUGCAUGACCUGGUGCUGCAGGUCAUGGGCUUGCAGCUGCAGCUGGACAACAUCUCAUCCUUCCUGGACGACCAUGAAGAGAACAUGCAUGACCUCCAGUACCACACCCGCUACGCCCAGAACCGCACAGUGGAGAGGUUCGAGUCACUGGAGGGACGCAUGACGUCCCACGAGAUUGAAAUCGGCACCAUCUUCACCAACAUCAAUGCCACCGACAGCCACGUGCACAGCAUGCUCAAGUACCUCGACGACGUCCGGCUGUCCUGCACGCUGGGCUUCCACACCCACGCCGAGGAGCUCUACUACCUGAACAAGUCGGUCUCCCUCAUGCUGGGCACCACGGACCUGCUCCGGGAGCGCUUUGGCCUGCUCAGCGCCCGGCUGGACUUCAACGUCCGCAACCUCUCCAUGAUUGUGGAGGAGAUGAAGGCGGUGGACACGCAGCAUGGAGCAAUGCUUCGCAACGUCACCAUCCUGCGAGGUGUCCCCGGCCCUCCAGGACCAAGAGGACUCAAAGGAGAUGCAGGCACAAAAGGAUCUCUUGGUGGCAGAGGACCGAAAGGAGACCCUGGCAGCUUGGGCCCCCCAGGACCCCAGGGUCCUCAGGGGCAGCCUGGGGAGCCUGGACCUGCUGGAGAAAGGGGGCCAGAGGGCCCACGAGGCUUCCCUGGCCUCAAAGGCUCCAAGGGCAGCUUUGGCAAUGGAGGGCCAAGGGGACAGCCAGGCCCCAAAGGGGAUGUGGGACCCCCAGGACCAGAGGGGCCUCUGGGGUCUCCAGGGCCUUCUGGGCCUCAGGGAAAACCAGGAAUUGCAGGGAAGACAGGGUCACCAGGCCAGCGGGGAGCUAUGGGGCCUAAGGGUGAACCAGGGAUCCAGGGUCCCCCUGGCCUACCUGGGCCCCCCGGCCCACCAGGAAGUCAGAGCCGCUACUGAGAAGGGUCCGUGGCUCAGACAUCACCACACAGAAGGGGAAGAGAGCUCAGGGCAGCUCAAAAGCCACAGAAGAUUGUGGUCCUUUGAUUCCGAUGUAGGGGUGUUCCCCAGAGCUGAUGCUGCAGUUUUGGGCUCCCCAAAGUGACUCUACCAUAGGGAAGCAGCCCCUGCACAUACAAACACACACUCACACGCAUACACACACACACACACACACACACACACACACACACAUUUCCCUGCUGGCCAGGGGCCCGACGGGGUCUCCCUGGCUAGGCAGGAGGACAGGGCAGAGAACCCCUCUCCUGUGACUGAGCCUGCCAGGGAGUGUGGCUAACUUAGGAAGAAGGUCCGAAUCCAUCUGAAUGGUGACCAGCUCCCGUCUUUCCAGUGUCUUCACAUUCCCGCUACCCAGUUUCCUGGGGCUCCCCCUGGUCGAAAAGACCCAGGAAAUGCUUUGUGAGGCAUUAUAAUUAAAACUCCAGGGGCGCGGGGCUUGGCGAUAGGAGGCCCCUCCCCAUCGUCACAGGGACAGUCAUCAGGAUGCUGUCUCACCUUGCACAGGCCCUGGGACCCUGCCCAGGCUGGCAUCUUCAGUCCCUGCGCACAGUGCCCCUGAAAAGAUGGAUUGUCUAGAAAACUCCCAUGUCAGUCUUGCCUCAGGCCUCAGCUAGAGAGGGAAGGCAGAGGCAGGCAAAGCCACCCCUGCUCCCCGCAAGGCUGGUGUGCCCUGUUCCUAUAGAGCACACCACACUGUGGUGGCUAGGGACCAGGCUGCAGGAGGGCCCACCUGAUAACAGUGUGACUCUCACCCCCGCCUCCUGCUGCCUCCUGCCCCCAGCUGCGCAUCGACUUAGAAGUGCUGGGCACUGGGACUCUGAAGGCCGAGUCUUCUCUGAAUAAGCAGUGAGUGGACUGGGCGUGGGAAGAGCCUGGACAUCUACGGGUGGCUCCUUUGACAUCGCCCCAUGUCCUCCAUCAACUUUCUGCACACACUGGCAGAAGGGGAUGCCGGCAGUUGGUCAAACUCACUGUAAAGGCCCCCACCCCCACCACGUCAUGUCAAGCAGAUUCCGACAGCCCUGGUGGGGCAUGGAGCUGUCUCCUCCCCAACAUCGCCUCAGAGAUCUGCCCUCUUCCUGUUCAAAGCCUUAAUGACACCGUCCUUUAAUACAGAUGUGCAACUGGUUUGUACCCCCGGCCCCCCACCACUGCCAUGUAAUUCUCCUGUCUACGUAUGAUAAUACCACACAACAUGAUAUUACUGACCCAUUAAAGAGCUGUUUCCAG